UCAGAGGCAGCUACUUUGAAAAGCCACUGCUGCGGAGGCAUGUAGCUGGUGUGCGCAUGCGCAGUAUGCAGGUUAUUGCAGCCUCUUCAAUAACGGGGAAAUAACGAGACCACAAAAACGGUUAAAGAUGACUACUUCUUGGAGCGAUCGACUUCAGAACUAUUCAGAGCUUCCUGCCAACAUGGAUGGCUUGUCUAUGAAGAAGUACAGGCGAGAGGCCUAUCACAGAGUUUUUGUCAACAGAAGUUUGGCAAUGGAGAAGAUUAAAUGCUUUGGCUUUGACAUGGAUUACACUCUAGCAGUGUACAAGUCUCCAGAGUAUGAAUCUCUAGGAUUUGACCUGACAGUGGAGAGAUUGGUUUCCAUUGGUUAUCCACAAGAACUUCUAAAUUUUGUCUAUGACCCUACCUUUCCAACCAGAGGCCUGGUAUUUGAUACAAUGUAUGGUAAUCUGUUGAAAGUAGAUGCCUAUGGCAACAUUUUGGUAUGUGCCCAUGGGUUUAACUUCAUGCGUGGGCCAGAGAUUAGAGAACUAUAUCCAAAUAAGUUCAUCCAGCGUGGUGAUACAGAGCGAUUCUACAUCCUUAACACACUGUUUAACCUCCCUGAGACCUACCUUUUUGCCUGCUUGGUUGAUUUCUUCACCAGCUGCUCCAGAUACGCUAGCUGCGAGACUGGUUUUAAGGACGGUGAUCUCUUCAUGUCCUUCAAGAGCAUGUUCCAGGAUGUCAGAGAUGCAGUUGAUUGGGUCCAUUUCAAGGGUUCACUGAAAGAGAAGACUGUUGAAAACUUGGAGAAAUAUGUGGUGAAAGAUGCCAAGUUGCCUUUGCUUCUUAGUCGCAUGGAGGAAGUUGCCAAAGUUUUCCUGGCCACUAACAGUGACUACAAGUACACUGAUAAAAUUAUGACAUACCUGUUUGACUUCCCUCAUGGUCCAAAAGUUGGCACACCUCAUCGGCCUUGGCAAUCCUACUUUGACCUCAUUCUGGUUGAUGCCAGGAAGCCUCUGUUUUUUGGAGAGGGCACAGUCCUGAGACAAGUAGAUACAACCACUGGGAGACUAAAGAUUGGAACUUACACAGGGCCACUGCAGCAUGGCAUUGUGUACUCUGGUGGAUCCUCAGACAUUGUGUGUGAUUUACUGGGGGCUAAAGGGAAAGACAUCUUGUACAUUGGUGACCACAUUUUUGGUGACAUACUCAAGUCUAAGAAGCGUCAGGGUUGGAGAACGUUCCUUGUGAUUCCUGAGUUGGCUCAAGAGCUGCAUGUCUGGACUGACAAGAGUUCUCUUUUUGAGGAACUGCAGAGUCUGGAUAUUUUCCUGGCCGAGCUCUAUAAGCAUUUGGAUAGCAGCAGUAAUGAGAGACCCGACAUUAGUUCACUUCAGAGGCGGAUUAAGAAAGUAACCCAUGACAUGGACAUGUGCUAUGGGAUGAUGGGUAGUCUGUUCCGCAGUGGCUCUCGGCAGACCCUGUUUGCAUCUCAGGUGAUGCGCUAUGCUGAUCUGUAUGCUGCCUCCUUCAUCAACCUACUCUACUACCCCUUCAGCUACCUGUUCAGAGCUGCACAUGUGCUGAUGCCACAUGAGUCCACUGUAGAGCACACUCACGUGGGUAUCAAUGACACCGAAUCUCCCAUGGCAACACGCAACCGCCACUCUGUGGACUACAGAGACCACGAGUGUAAGAAGCACCAGCUGACCCGCUCCAUCAGCGAGAUUCAGCCUCCUCACUUGUUCCCGCAGACACCACAGGAGAUCACACACUGCCACGAUGAGGACGAUGAUGAGGAAGAGGAGGAAGAAUAAGAUUGUAAAGGUUGUAAAUGUAACGUGAGUGUUGGUCUUUUAGCAACUACACAUUACCAAGAAAUCAGUUUGUUCAGUUUGUAUCAUGGCUUUUAUAGUUUUUACACAUCAACUUUAUACUUGGAUAAGAUUGUUUUGUUUUGUUUUUGUUUCAGCUGUGCAUGCUAAAUCUCAUAUAUAUAUAUAUAUAUAUAUAUAUAUAUUUUUUUUAAAUUGUUUUAGUUGUGUAGUAAAGCUAAGAAGCUUUGACGGUGCCUUCUGUUGUUCAGGCAGUCUUGUGUAAAUGAGUCAGCUUGGAACCCACAGUGUGACCAUCAGAGACCAGUUUCCUUUUUGAUUUAAGAGAGAAGCAUCAACCUUCUCUCUUAAAUCAGUGGAAACACACAGUUAUUUUUGUUACCUGUUACCAUGACUUUGCAUGAUAUUAAGGGAACAAAUGCAGUAUUUGCCUUACAGGACUUGCAUUUUUAGAAAAUAUGUGCAUGCAACGGCCUUAUCUUGUAUGUGGCAGGUUCCUUUCAAAAUGAAACCAUACUGCAUGAUGGGAACUGUAGCCAUCUCAUACAGUCAACCAAAGCUUACUGUAACCGAUGUUUAGCAUAAAAAGAUUUUUCCCAGCAACCACAACAUGUUAAAUCAAUACAUUGAAUAAUUGAGCUGUUAAAGUGUAGAGUUUAUUUCACUCUUUGUUGUUUCCUCUACAGUAAAGGGAAGUGUGCAUACAACGGUUCGAUUAUAAUUAUACUUCAGUAGUUUUCUAUCAGAAGCUUUGGAGCACAAAGACUCCCAUACUAUGCAUCUGUUUUUCUCUUGAAUGGAACACAAAGGGAUUGAAUUACUCGACAACUGCAGAAAGAAGGCAACUGCAUCAAUAUGAAUCUCUCUGCCACCAUAACUGAGGAUAUCUGAGAGAGCCUUAUUGCCUCAGCUGCUGUAAUGUAGUAUGUAAACUAGUGAGAGAAUAAGAAUCUGAGCCACUGUGAAUGCUUCUUGUGUAUCCUGGUCCAGCCAUACACAGUACUCAAAUGACUUGUCUGCUAUUUUCAUUACAGAUUUACAGUUGAUCAUUUUUGUGCAAAAUUGAUUGUUCUUUCAUUAUAUUUUGAACUGGAACUGAUGCUUGAAUACUGUUGUACUCAAUUAUAGGACUGAUUUAUUAUUAUUAUUUUUAUUUGUUUAUCUGCCUGUUAGUCAUGGGUCAAAAAAUAGAAUAUAGCUAGUAAUCAUGUGCUUCAGGGAAGCAUUUCUUCUUGAUUAAUUCAUAAACACGGUUUCUCGACCCAUGUCCUGCUUUGACCUGAGCUGCCUUUUUGAAUACAUGUAGACGUUAAUUAAGCCAUGUAAUAAAAUCAGCUGAAUUAUGACAUAGCCAGGUGUUAAAUUAGCUAGUAUAGAUUUAUUCAGAUUUGUUUAUUUUGAAUGCAAAAAAACGGCAUUGUGGGUUAUUGCCUUGCUAUUAAAUGGUUGCUUUUAACAUGCUGUAAAAAUGUACUGUAUAUGUUUCCAACAUCCAAACGCCUGCUCUUUAGACACUUUUAGAUAAGGCUAAAAGUUUCAGUAUUGAUUUCAGUCUUGAUUUGGAUGGUUUGCACGAGCAGAUGAAGGCAUGGCAGUAAACUGUAACCAUGUUCUGCUUUCUUUAAAUGCCUGUGUUCAGGACAACCACCACAUUUGCUUGCAAAUUGUUUGGUUUGUCAUGCAUAUAUUUGAUUUUUUGAUUAACUUAAUUUUGCUUACCUUCAACUUAAUUUUUGGUUAAAAGUUAACUUUUGGUUCCAUUUUUUUUUCUUUUCUUUAAAAAAAAAGAAAAGUAACUGAAGUUAAUUGCUUGAUCCUAGUUCCUCUUCUACUGGUUUAUUUUCAAUGUAAUGUGAAGGUUAAGGAUGAUGUAAUAGAGCACACUGUUUAUUAGGAUGUUACUUAUUGUGCAGCACUUUGACAGGAACUUAGUUUUAAACUGUUUACUGUGCAAGCACUAAAACUGCCUUCAUUAGUGUCCCUCCAGACACAACCACUGGAGCAUGACCUCAUUUUUCACAUGCACAUUUGCCUCUUUUUCCAGACAGCAGUAUCACCUCGACAGUGCCAUGGAAACAGCUAUAUAUUAUGGGGAAGGGGCAGCAUGUCUAACAGCAUGUAAUGAGUGACGCACAUGUAAAACAUUGUUAAGCCUGUUGCUGCAUGUAGCCACUUCCACAGUCAAACAGAGCCUUAUCCAGAUGCAAUCACAACUAGCCUGCAUAAAUACUAUCUUGACUUUUGGCUUUCUCAAUGGCUUUGUCCUGAACUACUUACCACAAAUUGGAGAUAGAAAAAAGUUAGUGACUUGUCGCAGCUCCAAGUGUAUGUAAAGUGUUAACAGCAAAGUGGUGAUGUUUAAAAAGCAGCACAGAGAUUAAAUAAUGGUUAAGCUGAUACCUGUUGUCAUGCCUUAGACAAAAAAAAACAUGUUUGAAACAUUGUUUACAGUUAUAUUUUGCUGUAUUCUUUUUUUCAUAAUGAUAAAGAAAAGCAGGAUAACAUCUAGUCUGCAAUUUUACUGAUGAAAUAAAGUUUGUGUUUUUGUGA